AUGCCGGACAGAGUAUCUUGGAAGUUUAAUAAUCUGCAGCGACUUCGUAGGCUUGAAGUUUUUCUUGGUUAUGUGAGUGAAGAAGGGAAGCCUUGGAGGCGUAGAAGCUACAAGAAUUUCCAUGUCUGCACGUGUGACAACGCGACUUUGGCAAACGACGUCAUUAUCAGCAAGUCCGGAUCUAAUAGUACUGUAUCGUCUGUUGGUGAUAAUGCAAAGUCUUCUGAUCUUACGCCAAUUUCAAGGAAGCGCCUUGCUAUUGAUUUUAACGAUGAGGUUAUUAUUGAAGGAGUGGCUCAUUCCCAGCAGUCCUGCACGGCUAAAAAUGCAAAAGUGAAGAUUGAGAAAUGA